AUGUUCCGGGAGCCGAAUAUGAACACGCUCGCACCAACCGUCGUUGAGCCGCUGCUGCGGCCGCCGCCUCCGACCUCGCCACCACCUCCUCCUCCCUCGCACACAUCCCUGCAUGGCCAUUACGUCACCGAGCGCGUGAAGAACGCCGUUGAUGGCUGUGUGAACGUUUUCGUUGACGCCGGUGCCAGCAUAGGUGUUCACACGCGAUUCCUCUUUGAGCCGGCAUUUUACAACGACUCCAAGUUUGUUGCCGUCUUCGAUCGCGUCUUUGGUGUAGACAGAAACCUCACUUGCUCGCUCGGCUUUGAGCCCAAUCCGAUACACAAGGCGCGCCACGAAAAGAUGCAGCGCGUGUAUGCUCGGAUGGGCUGGAGGUACACGUUCUUCCCCAUGGCGCUGGGAACGGCGUCGGAGGAGCUGGUCUUCCACGAGAAUGGAGAUUUCGAAGACAACGGCAAAGACAAUGAAUACUGGGGCUUCGGCGUGACGAACUUCAACGAAGCCUUCCGGGGGGCGAGCAACCGCACGGGGCAGAACCUGAUAGUGCGCGUGCCGUCGGUCUCCUUUGACGAGAUUCUUUCUCAGAUCUCCCGCCGAGCGAUGCCGUCCAUCCAUCCCCGUGGGCGCGUGAUCGUCAAGAUGGACAUCGAGGGUUUGGAGUUUGCAGUGGUGCCUCAAGUCGUGGCAUCUGGAAAUCUCUGCAGAGUAGUCGACUGGAUCAGUGUCGAGUGGCACCCCAAAUUGGCUCCGCUGCGGCUGCACAGCAACCAGCGGCUGCACCUCGACACGAUCUUGAACGCUCAAACAACCGCCUCGGUGCUCAAAGGUGCGAUCAAAGAUGGACUGCGGGCGGCGGGCUGCCGCACCGAGGUGCGGCCGAUGGACGACGAGUCGUACCUCCACGACAGAGUGCCGCUGCCUGUGCUGGGAGGCGCGUUGUAG